CACAAUAGUAUCUAAAUGUCGAGUGGGGACGCGAUGUUAGUGCAGACAACAGUAGCUCGCCGGUUCCGCAACACGCCAGCUGACUGCAACGCAUGCAACAUGGAGGAAUUAAAACGCUUCUCGCGCAAAGAAAUCGCCGAACGAAAUACUAAGCAACAGGCUAUGUUUAUAAUCCAUAACCAGGUGUACGAUGUGACGAAGUUCCUCGACGAUCACCCUGGUGGCCAUGAGGUGCUACUCGAUGUCAUCGGCAAGGAUGCGAGCACGGACUUCAUUGACAUCGGGCACAGCAGUGAUGCCAAUGACAUGAUGAAGAAGUACCACAUCGGCGAGGUGAUUGACAAAGAUAAAAUAACAUACCAAAAAGCAAAAGCGGCCUGGGUCGACUCUGAACGAACAGGCGAGUCCGCGAACGACAGCUUCCUCAACUCGUGGAAGUUUCCCGUUGUUCUGGGGUUGCUGAUGACGCUGCUGUACACAUAUAUAUUCGGGUAGAGUCCGAUUACU